CGCAGCGUGGCGGCCGCGGAGGCGGACGGAGAGCCCCGGCCCGCGGCAGGUGGGAGCGGGACGGCGGCGGGGCGGGGCGGCGCGCAGAGCGAAAUCCCCUACUCCGCCGUCGUUUCCGGCGGGCGGGUGUCGGCCGGUGAGUCACGGCCUGCAGCAGCGCUAUAUAACCGGGCGGGCGCCUCCCUGGCAGCGUUAAGGGCUUCUCAGCGACGAGUACCCGCAGAGCCUGAGCCACACCAGCCGCAGCCCCGCCGGGACAUGCUCCUCCCCUGCGCCCUGGUGGCCGCGCUCCUGGCUACCGGCCACGCUGCCAACCCUUGCUGCUCCAACCCCUGUCAGAACAGGGGCGUGUGCAUGACAACAGGACUGGAUCAGUACGAAUGUGACUGCACGAGGACAGGAUAUUAUGGGGAAAACUGUACAACACCGGAAUUCUUCACGUGGCUGAGGCUAACAUUGAAACCUUUGCCGAAUACUGUCCACUACAUCCUCACCCACUUCAAAGGAGCCUGGAAUAUCAUCAAUGACAUUCCAUUCUUAAGAGAUGCUAUUAUGAGAUAUGUAUUAACAUCGAGAUCACACUUGAUUGACAGUCCACCAACUUACAAUAGUGAUUAUAGUUACAAAAGCUGGGAAGCUUAUUCCAAUCUUUCCUAUUACACAAGAAGCCUUCCACCAGUAGAACUUGACUGCCCAACACCAAUGGGUGUUAAAGGUAAGAAAGAGCUUCCAGAUUCGAAAGUGAUUGUGGAGAAGUUUUUGCUAAGGAAAAAAUUUAUUCCUGACCCACAAGGCACAAAUGUGAUGUUCACAUUCUUUGCCCAACACUUCACUCAUCAGUUCUUUAAGACGGACCACAAGAAAGGACCUGGCUUCACCAAAGCUCUCGGCCAUGGGGUUGACUUGAAUCAUAUUUACGGAGAGACUCUGGAGAGACAACUUAAACUGAGACUUCUAAAAGAUGGAAAGCUAAAAUACCAGAUGAUUGAUGGAGAAAUGUAUCCACCAACAGUGAAGGACACUCAGGCAGAGAUGAUCUACCCUCCUCACGUACCUGAACACUUGCAGUUUUCUGUCGGGCAGGAGGUGUUUGGUUUGGUCCCGGGCUUGAUGAUGUAUGCUACAAUAUGGCUGAGGGAACACAACCGGGUCUGUGACAUCCUGAAACAGGAGCAUCCAGAGUGGGAUGAUGAGCAGCUGUUCCAAACUACUAGACUCAUACUGAUAGGAGAAACAAUCAAGAUUGUUAUUGAGGACUAUGUGCAGCACUUGAGUGGCUACCACUUCAAACUCAAGUUUGAUCCUGAACUGCUGUUCAACCAGCGAUUUCAAUACCAGAACCGAAUUGCAGCCGAAUUCAAUACUCUCUACCACUGGCACCCGCUUCUGCCUGACACUUUCCAGAUACAUGACCAGGAAUACACUUUCCAGCAGUUCCUCUACAACAACUCUAUAAUGCUGGAACAUGGCCUUUCCCAUAUGGUGAAGUCUUUCUCCAAGCAAAGUGCUGGCAGGGUUGCUGGUGGGAGAAAUGUUCCUGCUGCAGUACAGAAAGUAGCAAAGGCUUCAAUUGACCAAAGCAGACAAAUGAGAUACCAGAGCUUGAAUGAGUACAGGAAACACUUCAUGCUGAAACCGUUCAAAUCAUUUGAAGAACUUACAGGAGAAAAAGAAAUGGCAGCUGAACUGGAAGAGCUUUAUGGAGACAUUGAUGCUAUGGAGCUGUACCCAGGUCUUCUCGUAGAAAAGCCACGACCAGGUGCCAUCUUCGGUGAAACAAUGGUGGAGAUCGGAGCACCAUUCUCUCUGAAAGGACUGAUGGGAAAUGCUAUCUGCUCCCCUGAGUACUGGAAACCUAGCACCUUCGGUGGGAAAGUGGGCUUCGAAAUAAUCAAUACUGCCUCCUUACAGAAGCUCAUCUGCAACAACGUGAAAGGCUGCCCUUUCACUGCUUUCCACAUCUUAAAUCCUGAACCCACAGAGGCAACUAUUAAUGUUAGUACCUCAAAAAGAGCAAUGGAAGAUAUCAACCCCACACUACUACUGAAAGAGCGCUCUACUGAGUUGUAAAAAUCCACUUAUUUAUUUAACUAUAUAACUUAUUCUAUUUAUGGCUUAAAAGUGUUUAAAACCAAAAAACCACAGAAACUUGAUUAUCUUCAUUGUGGGGGUUGUCCUAGAUUCCUUACUUAGGUAAGGCUUCCACUUACAAAAGGGGUUUUCUGUGUUUGAGCUCUACAGUAGUGAAUCCCUUGUUUAAAGUCUUCUGUAACAGAACUAUGUAUUCCAAAGUGGACAAAGGUUCCAACUUUUUUUAAAAUGUUGUUUUAAUACUUGACAAAGGGUGUUGGUGGUGCGUUUCGGGGGGGUUUUUUGUCUUUUCACUUGAUAGAUCACUUAACACUACAAAAGCAAACUAUUGCCUCGGCAACUUUCUUAAACUUGAAAAAUGGGCCAUUGAACUAAAAGUACAGGAAAAAUUUGACUUAAUGAAAACUACUAGAAAAGGUUAUGAAUUCGGUAUGAGCACUCCAAGACUAAUGAAAAUACCUAUACUUGAGACUCACCUAUUUAUGUAAAGUCAGAGAAUGCAUUGCACUUACAGUUUAUACUACCUCUCCUUCAUUGCAAAUAAGGCACUUUGUAUAGUAACUUAUAUGUUUGUUUUUAUGUGUAAAUCUGCUUUCAUGUGGCAUUAUACCUUUUUAAUUUAAUUAUUUAAAGAAAAUGGAACUUCUCUUGGAUCCUACUUGUUUUUGAAGCGUAUGUCACAAGUAUUAUUUGUGUACAAGGGUGAUAAUAAGGUACUGAGCUUAGAAAUAACUGAUUCUCAGGCUGCAAUACAAGGCUGUUUUAUAUUUUGAUACAGAUGUUUUAUUGUGCAAGUUUGGGGAGGUCUUAAACUUAGUCCGAAGUACUGGUAUUCUUUUCAUAGCUGUAGUUCUCUGGUCUACUUGAUAAUGUAAUUUUAAUCUUAUUUAAUGGACAGUUUAGCUUUAGUUAAAGAUGUGGCUGUUGUAUACAUGCUUUGGGUACACAAAGCUAGAUUAUUGGGGAAUAAUGAAAACUGGGAAGCAGUGUAAAUGCACGGCAGAGACAUUAAUACAGAAGACCAGGACUUGAAGCUAGUUUAUGUCUGUGCACACAAGCCAUACUCAUGACUUAGUUCUAUUUAUUGGGGGGAGGAGGGAUAAUCGGGACAAUGUUUUGCUUAUAACUUAUAAACAGAGGCAUUUUAAGUGGCUUCAGCUUAAUUAAAACUGGCUAGCUAGCACAAAAUCUCCUAGAUGUAAUUGUUCUGGUCAGCACUAAAAUAUCUAUUCUCAUGUGGACACAUAAGAAGUUGCACGGGAUCUUGUACCAGCACUUCAGACUUGCAUAUAAGGGUAUCUUUUUUUAAUUUCUAGAGAGGAAAUAUAGAAGAUGAUCUUCCCAUAAAAACAGCUGGGGAACUAUAGGUAAAAAGAAAAAGUCACUUCAGACUGGAAUAGAGCAGCAACCUGGUAUUCUGUGCCCCUGCCCAAAAUUGCUUGACUACUUGUGGAAAAGGACUUGAGUUUUAUGUUUCAUCUGACUCUCAAACACUUGUAAAGGCUAUGGCAGUAGUAUAGUUUGACUGUGACUUCUGUUUCUGUUGAUUUGUUUAGAGACAAUGAUUACCGUAUACUGUGUAAGUUUGUAAUUGUUAGUGAAGAGCUGAAUCAAGAUCUCCUGUCGCAGUCAGUACCAGUGAAUGAUUUGAGGUGGUCUUUGGUAUGAGUGCUUCGGGAGAAAUAAGGGCAUUUGUUUUCUUUUUUGCUGUUUGAAGCACGCAGAAGGGAAAAAACUUCACUAACCUCGCAUUAAAAGGUGGAUGGUACUGUAUGUGCUAAUAAGUGAACCCUGCUUGGGCACUUGUCAAACAUGUGACUGUCAUUCAGACCCAUCUUUGGAACACACUUCUUCAGAGCACCCUUCUACCGUGAACAAGGAAAAGUGUUUGGCUUUCAGUCAAAGGGAGACAAGUCUAGACAGGUCUCUAUUUUGGGGUAGGAAAAGAGGAAUUCCUCAGACCGUGUCAUUUGAGUUAUAUUACAAGCUGCCUCGUAAAUGAAUCAUGUUCACUGCAUUUUGUACUCUGCAGCCACAUUUCGACAGUCACUUAUCUGUGACCCAGCCUGCUGGGUUUGGCUGGGUUCAAGUUGCUCAUGAUAAGUAUGUAUGAGACUAUUUAUUUAAAAUUCUGUGAAUUGUUUUUCACUUUAUUUUUGUAGGACAAGAAUGUUUUUAAAAUGCAAUUGUUUAUAUAAAUAAUUUGAAAACAUUA